AGUCCAAAAAAUAUCUAACACCACAAAGUAAUAAAAGAAUCCUUCUCUCUCUUCUUCUUCUUCUUCUUCUUUCUCAGAGAGAGAGGAGCAAGAAGCUUCAGAAGAUCAAAGCUUAUUCUUUUCUCCCCCGGGAAAUUUAUUCUCCCCUUUUUCGAACCUUCAUCUUCUACUAGCCAACAAAAUCAAUCAAAGGAGGCAACCUUUUUUUUUUCUUCAAGUCUUCUUGCUAAACCCUAGCUAGCUUUGUUCUAGAGAGAAUUCAAGAAGCAACAACUUUUUGAAGAAAAGGAUGAGCAGCCUUGAAGAAUCCUUGAGAUCUCUAUCGUUGGAUUUCCUAAACCUACUAAUCAACGGUCAAGCUUUCUCUGACGUGACUUUCAGCGUCGAAGGUCGUUUAGUCCAUGCUCACCGUUGCAUCCUCGCCGCUAGGAGUCUUUUCUUCCGGAAAUUCUUCUGUGGGAACGACUCACCGCAAGCGGGGACAGGCAUAGACCCGACCCGACAUGGGUCCGUACCUGCUAGCCCAACAAGAGGCUCCACGGCCCCAGCUGGAGUUAUACCAGUGAACUCAGUCGGUUACGAGGUGUUUCUGUUGCUUCUUCAGUUUCUUUAUAGCGGACAAGUCUCGAUCGUGCCGCAGAAACACGAGCCGAGACCCAAUUGUGGCGAGAGAGGAUGUUGGCACACGCAUUGCUCAGCUGCCGUUGAUCUUGCUCUUGAUACUCUUGCCGCCUCUCGUUACUUCGGCGUCGAGCAGCUCGUAUUGCUCACUCAGAGAGAGAGGAGCAAGAAGCUUCAGAAGAUCAAAGCUUAUUCUUUUCUCCCCCGGGAAAUUUAUUCUCCCCUUUUUCGAACCUUCAUCUUCUACUAG